GUAAUUGACACUUAGGGCUAAUGGAAUCAUUUCAAAUAACAAUCUUUCAUUAUUAUUUUAUUCGGCUUUUAAUAAUUUGAUGUUAUUAGUUAUUUUUUAUAUAAAUAAUUAUAAUAUUUAAUGUCGACAGAUAUUCUCCAUCAUUUGCAUCCAUUUAGACUAAGAUCAGCGUUAGUUGUGAAUGACUUAACCUCAAAAAUUUUAGGCCUCUGUUGUCAAUAAUAAUGGGCUAUAAUGCAGCGAUUCAAGUACUUAAACAGGCAGAAGAUUUAAAGCCCAAAGUCCUGCAAAAAUGUGAUCUUUUAAAUGAUGCUGAAGCCUGGACCAAUCAACAAAAACUACAAAAUAUAUACCACCAGGUGCUAGUUCUAGAUUUGGAAUAUGCCUUAGAUAAGAAAGUUGAACAGGAUCUUUGGAAUAUCGGCUUUAAGAAACACAUAACUGAGUUGCAAGAAAAAGCUAGAGACAAAAAGAAUUCACGAAGAGCAGAUGUCCAAUCUCUACUUACUUGGUCCCUAGAAUCAGCUUCAGGCUUUUACUUGACUCUCCUGCAAGACCUUUGUAAUACUUUUGAUAUUGACUUGCCAUUUAGGAAAAGAGGUCUAAUAUAUGGACAGCAAACAACCUGCAAUGAUCAAAUAAUUAUUCCUCAAACUGCCUCUUGUUCCUACAUUUGUCAGUAUUGCCUAGUUCAUUUGGGGGACCUUGCUCGGUACAGGAAUCAAAGAAAAGAAGCAGAAAGUUUUUACAAGCAAGCAAUUUUAGUUUCACCAAACAGUGGACAUCCAUACAACCAACUUGCCUUACUAGAGGCCAGCCAAGGGAAUAAGCUCUCAACAGUGUUUUACUAUAUAAGAGGAAUAUGUGUUAAAAAUCCAUUUCCAGCAUCCACAACUAAUCUUACAAAUGUCCUGACUGCAGCCAUUGAUAAAGAAUGUCCAUUAGAAAAAAUUCAAACAAAGAUGACCGUUAGUGAAUAUAUCCAACUCUUCAUCUCUACACAUGGUCAUUUUCACAUGCUCUCAGAUUUAAAACAGGCAGAACUGUCUGUCAAAAGUCUAAACUCAGUCAUGACAGCCUUAGUUGCCACUCAAAGUUUUAAAAAGCAGGAAUUACUGGAAAUAACAAUAAUUAAUAUGUACGCCCUAGGACAUUUGGGAAACAAAGAUGAGGAAUUGACUAAAGAUGAAUUAAAAGUUAAAGAUUUAAUUUUGGAAUUGAUUGCCGGGACUCUUAGUGCUUUUUUAAUGCCCGUUUAUACAUUACAGAGUGAUGACGGGUUGCUGGAUUAUUAUGCUUUACCUGCAGUCAAACUGCUCAUGUACUUUCUCUCAAACAAACCAAAUAUUUUUAAGUGUAGAGUUUUUAAAGAUAGAAUGCAAAUCUGGCCGAGCCUAUGUAAAUUAGUCAAUGCAGCUCAAGGGUUAUUAAUCGGAUUUAAUUACAGUAAAUUUUCAAAAUGUUCUUUACAUGAAGACAGAUAUUUGCAGGGUUUCUUACCUCUGCACCAAAAUAUUAAAGGCUUUAACUUUAAGCAUGAAAUUCAAGAUACCGAGGUGGAAAGUAAAGUGCGCAUGCGACGGAUUGUUGAUUUUGCCAAAUGGUUGGCCGAUUAUGAUUUAAAAGGACCAAAACUUAUCACUAAAACUGAAAAUAAAGGGGAAAUAGUAUUUGAACCAGUACUGUCACAACCAGAUCCAACCAAUAAUUUAUUGGAGGAAAUGAAGUCAUUAUCAAUUAACGAUGCUGUAGGAUCGUUAGAGAAAAAAGUCGGUAUUUUAAAGCCGCAAGGAUCGCUAGAGAAGGCUAGAGAGGAGAGAGAAGUGAAGAAAAAUACAGAAACAUCAACAGAAACUUUACAAAAAAGUUCUGAAUCUAUAAGGAGUAAGAGGGCCAAGCAAAAUGUUGUUUUGCAGAGUAUAUUUAAAAAAAUUGAAGAAAAUAAACAGGUCAAAUUUAACGUAGAAGAAACUCAUGAUAAAGAGAAAGCGGUCAAAUUUGACCAGGCGUCUGCUGCACCAAAACUUGCCACACAACAGCAACAAUCCUCAGCAUCCUCCAAACAACCUCAGCCACCCAACCAAUUUAACAAUAAUCCUCAACCAAUUAGGAGUCAAAAUUUUAGCCAAAAUACACAAACAUUUCCUUUGUCCUCAACUCUUCCUACUCUACAGCAAAAUGCUCCACCCAGCAACGACUAUUUGACUAAUUUAAGAAACAUCGGCAAAGGGGCGGAUAGUAUGAUGCCUCAAUUUUCGAAAAAUGGUCCGUUUUCCGGCUUGCCUCAGAAUUCGGCGGGGACUAAUCAGGCUUCGAAUCCGCAGUCAAUGAAAAUGCCAAUAUUUCCUCCACCACUCAAUGUUCCUCCUCCUCAGUUUAGCGCUUGGGGAAGAGAUGAUUUAAAAUUACCACAAGGAAAUAAUCAGGGUGGAUGGUGGGGACAAAAUAUGACACAUCAAAAUCAGCAGGCAUAUCAACAAUACCCUAAUCAAGGACAAAAUCUUUACGGUCAACAACGUCAGGACUCCAAUCUUCCCACCUUGCCUCCUUCGACUUUCACCAACCCAAGUCAAUCAUCAUACCCUCAACAAAAUCAAAAUUUCUCCGCUCAACGACCUCAGAACCCUCAAUCAAGUCAAGCAUAUGGCGCGAUGGCAUUUUCGCAGUUCGGAGUGCAGUAUCAAAACCAGAUGAUGAAGCCUCCGAAUGUGGCGGCGAGUGGAGGGCUGUACGAUCUAUUUGGAUCGCCUUGGGGAAUGAAUCGGGGUGGUAACUUUAUUGGGGAGGACGGAGGCCAAAACUCAAUGUCUAUUAGACAGGCGAUGCUUAAGGAGGCUACUACGGUGCCUGGAGGGAGAAUGGGACAACAAAAUAUACCUCAAACUCAAGAGAUCCUUCCUCAAAGUCCCGGUUAUUCCUUAUUUAAUAACACAAGCUGGCCACCCAGUAUAUCUACACAAAUGAGAAGCAAUCAAAUAGCGGAAAAUGCGACGUUUAACGGACCACAACACUCACUUUUUGGCGGCCCUGGACCUCAAUCUUUAGCUCAAUUAUUGGAACACCAACAAAAUCAACUAGGAACUAGUAUAAGAAAUAGCAAUAAUAAUCAGGAUACUUAAUGCGGAAUUUGUGUGGGUAAAAAAUAUGGAUUACAGUUAACACGCAGAGAAAUCUCUUAGCCAGAUUUCAAGAAGAAUAACUUGAAGAAAACACUAAUAAAGAAGACUUGAACGGGUGUUUACAUCGUGCAAAAUAUUGAGCGUAAGCCAUAGGCUGUUGAAUAGUUUGCUCAUGAAUAUUUACAAACAUACUUUGUUGUUAAUUAAUCAUUUUGUUAUUUUUAUUUUGAAUAACUUCGGAAUAUCUGUUAUAUUUUUAUUUUGUAGUGCUAGUGCAUUUUUGGAGUUUGCUAAGUACCUUUGUCAAAUUCGAAGUAUUUAUGCGCGACGUAUAAAAAUAGAAGUAAUUUACCGGACUAUUAAGGAAUCUAUAACAUUUAUUUUCACACGACGAUAGGAAAUCGCGCAAACUUUUUUCAUCAAUAUUUGUUAUUAGUUCGGUGAUCCGGCAUUUAAUCAAAAUAUACCUCACACUGGAAAAUGGCCAUUUAGGGUUGUAAUAUCAGUUUAUAAUUGCUGGCCUUAAUAGUGCCAAAUAAUAAAGAUUUAUUCUUAAGUCGC